AGCCCAUCGCCCCUCUUCCACUCCACUUGCUUCCGAAGAACCACUUCCAAUGGCUUGGAUAUGGAUAACACUCGUCUUCGCUUUGGUCGUUCAUCUCUUCAUGCGAGCUUUGCUGUGGAAGAAGAAGAGCACGAAGAAGAAAUUGCCGCCUGGUCCGAGAGGGUUCCCAAUUCUCGGAAACCUCCAUUUGUUGGGACAAAACCCUCACCAUGAUCUUCACAAACUAGCUCAGAAGUAUGGACCCAUCAUGUCCUUGCGUUUAGGGUUCGUGCCCACCAUCGUCAUCUCGUCUCCCGAAGCGGCCGAGCUAUUCCUCAAGACCCAUGAUCUUGUUUUCGCAAGCCGACCACCACAAGAAGCCAUGAAGCACAUGUCCUACGAACAGAGAAACAUGUCUUUUGCACCCUAUGGUCCGUACUGGAGGAACAUCCGAAAGAUGUGCACUUUGGAGCUUCUCAGCACCGCCAAGGUCAAUUCCUUCGAGUCCAUGCGAAGAGAAGAGGUCGGCUUGUUGGUGUGUUUUCUCAAAGACGCAUCUCUCAGCCACGCUGCCGUCGAUAUGAGCGCAAAGAUCUCGUCGCUGAGCGCAGACAUGAGCUGCCGAAUGAUUUUUGGAAAGAAGUACAUGGAUGAGGAGUUUGACGAGAGAGGGUUCAAGGCUGUGUUUCAAGAAGGGGCGGCAUUGGCUGCGACGCCUAACGUUGGUGAUUAUGUUCCGUACUUGGCUGCGCUUGAUCUUCAAGGGUUGACCCGGCGCAUGAAAGCUGUGAGCAAAGUGUUUGAUGCCUUCUUUGAGAAGAUCAUUAAUGAGCACUUGGCGAAAAAGAAAGAGGAAGGGCAGGGCCAGGGCAAAGACUUUGUUGAUGUCAUGCUGGGUAUGAUGGGAUCUAAUGAAGGCGAGUACCAUAUUGAAAGGACCCAUAUCAAAUCCACGAUGCUGGACAUGAUGGCGGCCUCCAUGGACACUUCAGCUACAGCAAUAGACUAUGCAAUGUCCGAGCUCAUUAGACAUCCCCAGGGGAUGAAGAAACUUCAGCAUGAACUAAAGCAAGUUGUGGGCAUGAACAGAACAGUGGAGGAAUCAGACAUAGAGAGCUUGGAAUUCCUAGACAUGGUCGUUAAAGAGACCCUCCGCCUACAUCCACCCGCCCCGUUGCUUCUUCCACACGAGUCAAUCGAGGACUGCACGGUCGGCGGCUUCCACAUACCGCGCAAGUCAAGGGUCAUUGUGAAUGCAUGGGCAAUCGGAAGAGAUCCACAUGUUUGGGGCGACCCCGAGAAGUUCGUCCCAGAGAGGUUUGAAGGGACAAGCAUCGACGUUUGGGGACAUGACUUUCAACUUGUGCCAUUUGGGUCUGGUCGUAGAGGAUGCCCCGGGAUGCAACUAGGUCUGACUGUGAUCCGGCUGGUAUUGGCACAACUUACGCAUUGCUUUGAUUGGGAGCUUCCGGACGGUAUGUCACCGUCCGAACUCGACAUGAGCGAAGAGUUCGGUCUUACGACCUCCCGAGUUAAGCAUCUAGUGGCCAUACCUUCAUUUCGCCUAAAAACUGUUGAUUAGGUAAAUAACGAAUUAGAAUUCAAGUGGAUUGUGUUAAUAUGAGAUGAUAUGAAUUUGUAUGUGUAUAUAUAUAUAUGGU